UUGGAAAUCUUUUUUUAUUAUACCAAGAGAAUCGGAAAAAUAUCAUAAGUUAUAGUUCAAUUCUAUCUCUAGUCAUUUCCCGUACAAUAGAUUUGUCCAAAUAUCUCACAUCGUUCUUUUUCAAAUACUAAUGGACAUUAUAACAUGUAAGAAGGCGAUUUGCAUGCUCUACUGCGAGUCAUAUAGCAAGGCUCUUGCAAAAGAAUUAUUAGGAGUAGAAAAAGUUGGACUGGAUAUCUGUUAUAGAGAUAAUCCCGCCAAUCCACUCACUUAUACUUAGCUUAAGAGCAAUCUACCAGAACCCAUACAAGAACAAGAGAUAUACCAAUGAAAAUGAAACCAACAAAAUUAAUCAAGCAGAAAUUGAAAUAGGGAUACUUAUGUCUUUUAUCCAGCCAACCAAGUACAGCUUGUACAAUUUCUCGACACAAAAUAACUACCAUUCGAUGUGUACGACAGUGACUUGUAUGAGCCCAGGAGUCUAACAUUCAAUGAAAUAUUCAGUGAUGUCUUGAAAAUGACCAAUGUUAUCGACGAUAAGACAGUUAAUAGAUUUAUUAAGUGGUACAGCCAUAAAAAAUUGAAGUUAAUGAAAGCCACCUCAAAAAAAGAAUGAAUGAGGCAGGACAAAAAGUUGCAACUCCUCUCCUGUAUAUUCUCAAGAACGAAUUUGUUGAUAAGAACUAU